AUGGCAGGAGUAGCGGGACUACUCACGUCAGCUUUAGUAAAGAUCAUGGGCGAUAAGCUGGGUUCCACCAUCGGCCAGCAAGCCAAUUUGGUGUGGAACUUCAGCCGCGACCUGGAGGACAUGAAGGACACCUUGGAAUCCAUGGCGGCAGUGCUCAAGGUUGCUGAGAGGAGGUCAAUUAGGGAGGAUUCAGUGCGCCUGUGGCUGAAGCGCCUCAAGAACGCCGCCUUGGACAUCUCUGACAUGUUGGACGAAUUUGAAGUCAGCUCUAAACUAACCCACGGAAAGGUACGAUCAGAGCUAUGCACAAUGCUAUAUAUAUAG